AAAUAAAAUGAUCGAAGAUUCAGCGUACUUUGUAUAUUACCCUGCCCAACCGAAGAAAACGAAACGCGGCAGAUCUGAAGUUUGGAGGUCCGAAACUCAACCACCUUAUUUACAGAAAUCAAAUACGGUUGCUUCAAUUGGUAGAUCUAAAAAACCAAACCAAGAGGCGGAAGAAAGAAGAAGCGAAACCCUACGCGUUCGAGGUUCUAUCAUAUCAGAGUACAUAAAAUGGUGCUGAUUUCUGCCGCUCGAGAUUACAUCACACGGAUGUUGCAGGACAUCUCUGGCAUGAAGGUUCUCAUCCUUGAUUCUCAGACGGUUAGUGUUGUAAGCGUGGCAUUUUCUCAGUCAGAGCUUCUUCAGAAGGAAGUGUUCUUGGUAGAAUUGGUGGACUCCACAUCCAAGGAAUCCAUGUCACACCUCAAAGCAGUUUACUUUCUACGCCCAACAUCUGAGAACAUCCAGCAUUUGAGGCGGCAGUUAGCUCGUCCUAGAUUCGGGGAGUAUCACCUCUUUUUCUCUAACAUCUUGAAGGAUACCCAGAUUCAUAUCCUGGCUGAUUCAGAUGAACAUGAAGUCGUUAAGCAAGUUCAGGAAUUCUAUGCAGAUUUUGUAGCCAUUGAUCCUUAUCAUUUCACUGUGAAUAUACCAUUCAAUCACGCUUACAUGCUUCCAGCAGUUGUGGAUCCUUCGAGCUUGCAGAACUACUGUGAUCGGCUGGUUGAUGGUAUUGCUGCUAUAUUCUUAGCACUGAAACGUCGACCUGUUAUUAGAUAUCAGCAGGCAUCAGAUAUUGCAAAAAGGAUUGCACAGGAAUCAGCUAAGCUUAUGUACCAGCAGGAAAGUGGUCUUUUUGAUUUUAGACGAUCAGGAAUUUCUCCACUGUUGCUUAUAGUUGAUAGGAGGGAUGACCCUGUUACACCAUUACUAAAUCAAUGGACAUAUCAGGCUAUGGUCCAUGAGUUGAUAGGCAUUCAAGAUAAUAAAGUAGACUUGAGAAACAUCGGCAAAAUUUCCAAGGACCAGCAGGAGGUAGUGCUGUCAUCAGAACAAGAUGCUUUCUUUAAAGCCAACAUGUAUGAAAAUUUUGGAGAUCUGGGAAUGAACAUCAAGCGGAUGGUAGAUGAAUUCCAGCAGGUUGCGAAGAGUAACCAGAGCAUUCAAACAAUAGAAGACAUGGCCAAAUUUGUUGAUAACUACCCUGAGUACCGAAAAAUGCAAGGAAAUGUCUCGAAGCAUGUCACAAUGGUAACAGAAAUGAGCAAGAUAGUUGAGGAGCAGAAACUCAUGCUAGUUUCACAAACGGAACAAGAGUUGGCUUGCAAUGGUGGGCAGGUGGCUGCAUUUGAGGCUGUGACGAAUCUUUUAAAUGAUGAAAGCAUCUCUGACAUUGAUCGUUUACGUCUAGUGAUGUUGUAUGCUUUGCGCUAUGAGAAGGAGAGCCCAGUUCAACUGAUGCAGCUUUUCAACAAACUAGCCUCUCGGUCUGCCAAGUACAAGCCUGGUCUUGUCCAAUUUCUGUUGAAGCAAGCGGGUGUUGAUAAGCGAACUGGUGAUCUAUAUGGAAACCGAGAUCUCCUGAACAUUGCUCGUAAUAUGGCUCGUGGGCUUAAGGGUAUUGAGAAUGUAUACACCCAGCACCAGCCUCUUCUGUUCCAAACCAUGGAAAGCAUUACCAAGGGACGGCUCAGAGAUGUGGACUACCCAUUUAUUGGGAAUCACUUCCAGCAGGGCAGGCCCCAAGAUGUGGUGAUCUUUAUUGUUGGUGGGACAACAUAUGAGGAGGCACGUGCCGUAGCUCUACAAAAUGCCUCCAAUUCUGGGACACGUUUUAUACUUGGUGGUUCUGUUGUUCUCAAUUCUAAGAGGUUCUUGAAGGACCUAGAAGAAGCUCAGAGGAUAGUACGGUUGAGCACCAAUGCAGUUUAAAUUUUGAAGUCAGAGCUAAUGUCUCUAGAAAUUCAAGUAAGUGUUUAGGCUCCAUACUAGGGUUUUACAUCAUUUUUUGUCUAAUAUGGAAUAUUAUGAGAAUCAUAAUCACCCCACUUACACCUGUUUCAGAUGGUUUUGAUGGCACUUCAUUCAAGUUUUUUUUUUUUUUUUUGGGUCUGUAGAAAGUCAAAAUUCAUUACUCUUCACCUUGUUGAAGAAGUAGGAAGCAGGUAUAUGUAUUUUCUUUGUUCUUUGU